GUUAAUUAAUCGUCAGUGAAACAAAAAAUGGAGGAGAUUGGGGGAAGAAGAAGAUCGGGAAAUCAAACAUCCAAACCCUUCAAUUCCGUCCGUUGACGUUGGUCAACACCGACAAGGUGGGAAAUAAUUUUGUGGUAUUAUAAGACCAUCAAUAGCUGAGUUCUUCUCUUGUGAAUGAAGGACAGAAACCUGAAAUUUACCAGUUGACUUUCGCAUUAUUAUUUAUGACGUCAACUAGCAACUCAAAAGGCAUUGUAGAGGAUGAUGACGAAGAAGAGGAGUUUCAGCAUUUUGAUGACUUUACUGUUGCCUCUUCAUGGGAAAGGUUCAUUUCUGAAAUAGAGGCUGUCUGUCGACAGUGGUUGGCUGAUGGUACAAAGAAUCUAUUGGUAUGUUCGGUUCCGAUGCGUAACUGUUUAAGUACGCUGAAAAGUGCAAGUGGUGUGGUUCUUGAUGCACCAGAGGCAAGCAAACUUUUGAGUGCAGUUGCCAUUGCUUUGUCCAACUGUUCAUGCCUGUGGCCUGCAUUUGUUCCAGUUCAUGACCCCUCCCGUAAAGCAUAUAUUGGGAUUCAAAAUAUGGGAACAGUUUUUACUAGAAGAUUUGAAGCUGAUCGCAUUGGUAGCCAGGUCCCAAUAAAACUUAUGCAUUUGGAAGGGUUAUACGAGCUCUUUGUUUCUAAGUUUGCCUAUACUACGGUGGACUGGUCAAUGCAUCAUUUCGAAGUCCAUUUUAAGAUGAAGUUAACCUACAGAACCCCUGUCUAUGAUGAUGAGGAUGAAAUUCAAGAACCCGAUGCUGACAUCACAGGAUCCAGCGAAAAUCUUGAAAGUGGGACUCACGGAAAAUCGCAAUGGGAUGAUGAUUCUCCUUGGAGUAAGUGGUACUCUGCCGAGGACCCAAUCAAAGGAUUUGAGUUGCUUGCUAUAUGGUCUGAGAUACAGCCGAAAGUUCUUCUGGAUAUGGCUGAUUUGGAAAACGCUCACACUGGAAGCGAAAAGUGGUUAUUAAUAUCAUGCUUUCUCAAUCUCGUUGGUAUUUGUGAUGGAAGCACUAUCGGAUUUGCAUCCCAGCUCCGCCUUUUGAUUAAGGCAUUUGAAAUGUCGUCGGAGGCUAAAUUUAUUGAAGAUUUUGUAUCAGGUUCUGAAAAUUUGAACUCUUCAGCAGUUGUACCUCCACCAACCGUUCUUGAUCGUGUGCUGAAAGAUCUUUUUCAUGAAGUUACGGAAGCACAAGCUGAUUUCUCUCAGGUCGAGCAUGAAAGUUCUCGAUCUAUUAAAGGCGCUCAACCGGAAUCACUCUUUGCACAGUUCUGUUUACAUGCUCUUUGGUUUGGCAAUUGCAGUAUGCGGGCUAUUGCCGUGCUCUGGAUAGAGUUUGUGCGGGAGGUUCGAUGGUGUUGGGAAGAAUCGCAGUCAUUACCAAGAAUGCCAGCAAAUGGCACUAUCGACCUAUCCACCUGUUUGAUUAAUCAGAAACUACACAUGCUUGCUGUGUGCAUUGAUAAAAAGCGUCGAGAGGCCGAGGGGCAAAAUAUUGGCACUAGUGAUUCUGAAAAUCUUCAGACUCCGAUGAACUUCUCGGCUUCUCAUGAAGUUAGUAAAGGUUUUGGCAGGAAAAAUGAAAGGAAUGAUUCAGCUGGUGUAGCAGAGUCAAUGAUGCUAUUGAAAUCAUGCAAGACAAUGCAUUUUCCAAUGACCCAGGACCCACCUCCCAUGACAGAAGACAUGCAUGAAGAACGACUUAAAGCUGCUGAAGCCUUGGGUGAUUCAUUUAGCUUCUCUGCUCAACUUGAAAAGGAUAUUCUAGCAUCUGACAUGUCUGCGUUCAAGGCAGCUAAUCAAGAUGCGGUGUUUGAAGAUUUUAUCCGAUGGCAUUCACCAAGGGAUUGGGAAAACGACGACAGCCAUGAAAUUGGAGUGUCUCAAACCAAUCCAAUGGAAGAAGUGUCGGAAGUGAAGUGGCCUCCUCGUGGAAGACUUUCUGAGAGAAUGUCUGGUAAUGGUAACUCAUGGAGAAAGAUUUGGAACGAAGCUCCGCCUUUACCCGUUUCUGAACAAAAACCACUCCUCGAUCCAAAUAGAGAAGGCGAAAAGGUUCUUCAUUAUCUGGAAACUCUGAAACCGCAACAACUACUGGAACAAAUGGUUUGUACUGCCUUCAGAGCAGCGGCCGACACUCUUAAUCAGACUCCAGUUGGUCAACUAAAGCAGAUAACCACAAAAACGAGACAAUUAUAUGCCACUAUGGCAUCUAUGUUAAAGUAUUUGCAAUCGCAUAAUAUGACGAGCGAUAGUGAUGUCAUUGAUGACCUCAGACGACUAUGCACUACUUUUGAACACAUUGAGAAGCUGAUUCUACUAGCGGCAUCUCUUCACCGCAAAUUCUUGCAAUCGCCACAUCUCGGACAAGCAAUUUUCAGUGAUUGCUAUGACUACUACCUCCCAAAUAUGGGAACAGGCUCUGGGCUUGGCGAUAAUAAUACCAAGAAAGAAUUUGACAAAAAGCAAAGGGUAAGUUCGCGCGACAGAAACGUGAUUGUAGGCAUGUUCACUCCACCAACCGCGAACCAGUCAUGGAGGAAAGUUUUGAGCAUGGGGAAUCUUCUUAACGGGCACGAACCAAUCUUAAGGGAGAUUGUGUUUUCUAAAAACGACCGUGUUAGUGAAAGCUACUACGCUUCUACUAAUCCUAAGCUUAGUCGACAAGAUGUAGAAACAUAUAGAAUGUAUGUGUGUGGAACUUCAAAUGAUCUUAGGGUAGCUCUCGCCGUUACCUCGUUUGAUUAAUUCAAUUGCACUCUUUUUCUCUCUCUCUUUUUUUUUUUUUUUUUUUUUUUUAAUACUAAAUUCUUUUAAGUGUCCAUAUCUUUGUAUGAAUGAACAUUGUGUCU